CUAUAACUCCUUGCCCAGCGACAUUACCCGCUUCAAUCGCUGGUGGUCAGAUUACCUACCACAGUAGAAAUAAUUUCUCAGGUGAUUAUUUUUUACUCGAGAGCUUUUGAAGUAUUUGUUCGCGGCCGCGAAAGCCAGCCUCAUCACAAUGGUCAAGGACAAAGAGACAGUCAUCCAGGAAUUCAACGAGCUUGUCAACAUGACAGCCGAUGAGCUCAAGGAGUGGCUGAAAGGCGAAGACUCCACAAGCUCGGGCUGGAAGAAAGAUGAUGGCUCCAGCGAGACUAUAGGCCAUGAAAGUGGCGGAAAAAUCGUUCAGAUACUGGAGAAGAACCCAAACAAGGAUCCAAGCAAUUACGAUGAGGAUGAUAUCGAUCACAUGAGGAAGGUUGUUUCGUACUGCAAGCGACAUCUUGCGCAGGAGGAGAAGGCAAAGCGGGACACAAACAGCAAAUCGUAUAAGAGCUUGAAAAAUUGGGGGCAUGAUCCUCUGAAGGCUUGAGGCUCGUUAGAAAUAAAGUCUCUAGGACUGGGUAUAUGCCAGGACACAUUAUCGCAUAUCAUCGCUGGCCGUGUCGCGUUGGCUGACUUCUCAACAAAACAUAGAGAAUCACAACG